CCGUAUAAAACACCAUACCUGUACGUAUUUUCUUAGAUCUUAUCUGAUAUUUAGAAUACUGGAAUCUCCGGACGUGAUAAUCAAGAUGCCUACAGAAUUCAUCAGUUUGACGUUCCCGAACCCAUCCACGGAGCUCAACCCGCUCCCGAACCCGGCUAUUGACCCGGACUUCCUAAAGCGGUAUGCCCGGAACCUGGAUGAUUAUGAAUUCAACUAUACUCUUGUGCCGUACCACUCGUCGUACUUUGACCCUUUCACCAUCGGCGCUACUAUCGCCGCUGCGACUAAAAAUCUAAAAGUUAUCAUUGCGCUUCGCCCAAACACAUUAUACCCCACGGUAGCGGCCAAGGCGCUAGCCACUCUAGAUCAGCUCAGCCGAGGCCGAGCCGUAGUGCACUUCAUCGCCGGUGGCAGUGAUGUUGACCAGGCAGCAGAGGGUGACUUCCUGAACAAGGAAGAGCGCUAUGCUCGACUUGAAGAGUACAUCAAGAUCCUGAAGCGCGCAUGGCAGUCCGCUGAUCCCUUUGACUGGGACGGCAAGUAUUAUCAGUUUAAGGGGUUCAGCAACCAAGUGCGCCCCGUGAACGGAACCAGUAUCCCUAUUUCAGUCGGCGGGUCGUCAAACGAGGCGUACCGCAUCGGCGGAAGUCUGGCUGAUAUUUUCGGUCUCUGGGGAGAACCUCUUAAGGAAACCAAGGAGCAGAUCGACCGCAUCUAUGCUGAGGCCGAGAAGGCGGGACGCACUGACCGGCCGCGCAUUUGGGUUACGUUCCGGCCCAUCGUCGCCGAGACGGAAGAGCUAGCGUGGGCCAAGGCGCAUCGCAUACUCGACGCCCUAACCGACAACCGGGCUGAUGGCAAGAGCCGGGUGCCCGCCGGUGCUCCUCCGCCGCAGAACGUUGGUUCGCAGCGGCUCCUUGACAUCGCGAAGCGCGGCGAGGUGCAGGACCGUGCGCUAUGGUAUCCGACUGUGACGGCUACUAACGCGCGCGGCGCAUCGACAGCGCUUGUGGGUUCGGUACAGACGAUAGUUGACUCGCUUCUUGACUACGUUGAUUUAGGGGCUGAGUUGAUUUCUAUCCGUGGUUAUGAUAAUCUAAACGAUGCCAUUGACUACGGACGUUACGUGUUACCUAAGGUGCGCGAAGCGUUGAAGGAAAGGGAGAGUCGCUCUAAUGGAGCCAAUUGAUAGCGGCAGAAUAUAUUAAUAUAUCAUGAUGAGAUAGUUGCUACUAUUGCUAUUCAGUAUCUAUCUUAAAUUCUGAACCCUUAAAGGGUCAAGUGACACAUGUUCUGGC